AUGACCAAUGAUGGUCAACCGCAGGCGGUUUCCUCGCCGUCCUGCGCAUCGUCCUCGUCGCAGCGCCCACCAACGGCUGGCCCCACAAUGGAGGCUAAAUUUUUACUGCAGAGUCCGAGGGCGAACGAUAGCGCCCUGUUGUCGUUCGGCGACGACACGCCCGACAGCGCCGACGCCCUCCACGUCGAGGUCUCGCCGAACCCGGGCCUCGACGACUGCCCGCCGUCCGAAGAAGACGAGGGCUUCUUUGACGGGAAACCCAUCCUCGAAGGUUCGCCCACGAAGCCAACCAUCAUGUCCGGGAACGCGCUCCACCUGCACCUCGAGGAACACGACAUCUCCGGCAGUGCGCCCUCCAUCCGCUUCGCGCCCGACCCACCGUCCGUGUCUAAACCGCAGACCAACGACAGGAGCGCAGACGCGCCGCACCUAGUGCGACCAGCACCUCGGGUGAGGUUCCGCUCGCGCGUACGCAUAGCGUCGGGCCUGCAUAGGCAUCGGCAGCACCAUCCGGAAGAUUCGCCCGACUCGAGCUCCUCGUCCCUCUCCAGCUCGCCGUGUUCGUCGCUAUCCGUACCGCUGCGCUAUCAAGCGGACGAAAACAGCGCGCUUGGUCCCCUAGGAAGGAGGUUGAGCUCGUACGCUGCGCAGGGAGGUUUUAAACACCGUGUCAUGGCUUCACCAGUGCCGCAGAGACAGUCGAGCAGGGCGACGGUCAGGGGGCAGAGUUCAGAGGCUAGUGAGAGGAGCUCAUUGCUCAAACCUGGCACACGUGUCCGCACAUACGGAGAAGACGAGAGGAGAUCAUCGGGCGAGCAGGCUGAUGUUCAUCCUGAAGUGGAUGAAGAUGCCGAGUUCGGGCCCUGGCCCCGAAGACUACUAAAUCACCACUGGUGGUGGUGGCAGUUGGAGCCAAUAUUAUGUUGUUUCUGCGUUGACGACUCUGAUACGGAUGACUGACUAGGAGGGUGACUUGUCUUGGAUACCUCCGCCUCCGCCUGUAUCACAUUACGACUUCCUUCUUUCGCUGUGUUACCCGCUUUCCCGCUCUUUCUUGUGUUAGGAUGUUGAGAUCCAUUAUGUAUCACCUAUGCAUAAUACACACAUCGUGUACAAUAUCAUCGUUAUACAGGGGCUCUAUUCUUCCUUCAGAUGGGAAAUUAGAUAUAGUUUUAAGCAUGCUCGUUCUUGUCGGGAUGGUGAGACGGCAGCACCAUGGUGGGAGGCAGUGUGGUGAUGGGCGGCAGGAGGCUGGCAGCGCCGCGACGAGCCUGCUGGAUCAACAGCUGGUCCAUGACGACGAGAGCGGCCAUGGCUUCGACGAUGGGGACGGCGCGGGGCACCACGCACGGGUCGUGGCGACCCCUGGCGGCGAGGGUACCGGGAGUGCCGUCGUACUGAGCGGUCGACUGGGCCUGGGAGAUAGUAGCGGGGGAUUUGAACCCAAUGCGGAAGUAUACGUCUUCCCCGUUGGUAAUACCACCCUGAAUACCGCCGCUCCAGUUCGUCGCAGUCCCCAACUUCCCGUCCUUGAGCACGAACGAGUCGUUGUGCCUGCUGCCGGGGACCUCCGUGCCCCUGAACCCGCUGCCGAUCUCGAAGGCCUUCGUCGCAGGAAUCGAUAACAUCGCGUGCGCGAGCUUCGCCUCGAACUUGUCGAACACGGGUUCGCCGAGCCCCGCGGGGACGUUGCGGAUCACGCAGGUGACGGUGCCG